AUGAAGUUAAACUAUAUCUUAUGCUCGGAAGUAUCAUCAUUAAGGGGAGUUUUAAGCCGUGAAUAUAGUUUAAGAUUUGGAGAUAGUUUUUGUUGUGAUGGAGAAAUGUUGCUGGUAAGCCUAGCGGUACAAGCUGCGAGAAAGCGAUUAUUUCCUGAAGUGCAUUUUGUGCUCUUUGAUACUAACAAGGUGUUGUUUUGUAAGAGAUAUCAGCAACUUGAAAAUUCUGGAGUGAUAGUGAAUGAGGCGGAAUCUCUUCAAGAUUUUUUAAAUACCUCCUGUUAUCACCCGAAGACGCUUACUCCUUCAGCCUUCUUUAUCGAUACAGUUACUGGAUUUUUACGAGAUGGCGCUUUUGACAAAACUCUUUCCAUGCUAAAGCGCUUGACCAAAAAAAAUCCCGUGGUUACUCGAAUAUAUGACGAAUCUCUUCCAAAACUGCAACAAAAUCGGAUGAAGUCGGUAGCCGACAUGUUUAUUGAAUUAGUUCCUCUAGAAAAUGGUUCUGCCCUUUGCAGGUUUUCUUAUUACAAGAAGACUGGAAAAUGGGUUGUUAAGAAGCAGACUUUUACAAUUGAUGAUGAACUGACGAUUAAUGCAUCGAAUUAUCGGGAAGACAGAGUUUUCAAUGAUGUAGCUGAUAGUGUAAACGAUGACGUAUCAUGGGGAGUUCUUGAAUCUUCUUUUGAUUUAGGACUGAAUUUGUCAGAAAGUGAGAGGAAAGCGAAAGACUCGCUUAUUUUACCUCAUUUUUCAGCUCAGAAAGAAGAAAGUCUUGAUAUCAGUGCGAGUGGAGAGAAGACGGUGCGGGUUGGGGGCCGAAUUAUUUAUAUUCCAGACGAAGCGGAUGAUUUGGAUGAUAGCGAUCCUGAUGACGACCUUCAAAUUUAG